AUGAGUGUGGACCAAGGUGCGCUGUGGCGGGCCUUGGACAAGGACAGCGCCGGCAGCAUCGGCCUGGAGGACCUGGCGCCGCAGCAUUGCACGGUCCUGGCGAGUUUCAGGCAGUUCAUGGUUGCCCGGGUGGGUUCCUGCUCCGCUGUUUGGGACCAUGCCUUGGCGGUUGAUGAAGUCCUCGGCCGUGAGGGGCUUUGGAAAUCCACGCGGAAGCUGCUACUCUCGCCCUUCCUGCGGGCGCUGCGGGACCUGGGCUGGCCCAACAACCCCCACACCAGGUCGUUGCUUGUCGCAUCCCUGGACUACUUCGGGUGCGGCUUUGUGUCCCGUAGCGACUUGGAGUGGCUGGACGCCUGGGAGCCCCCCGAGUUCAUCUACGCGGACCCCGACCCGCAGGCUUUGCAGCAGCUGAACGAGCUGAUCAGGAAGAGGUAUGCGCACCCGCUUUCUGCGUGGCGCUCCCUUUUCGACAGGGACGAUUCCAACAGCGUCUCCUGGCUGGAGUUCAAAGACGCCUGCGAGAAGCUGAAGUUCAAAGGCAAUAUCGGAGGUGCCUGGCGAGCCUUGGACACGGAUCUCUCCGGGCACAUCUCGCUGCUGGAAUUCGACGCGGACUCCGCGCGGAUCCUCGUGUCCUUCAAAGCAUGGUGUAUGAAGCACUUCGGAUCGGUGCAGCUGAUGUUCAGGCAGCUUGACCGGGAUGAGUCUGGCAGCCUCUCGUACCCAGAGCUGAGACGUGCCUGUCGGAGGCUGAAGUGGAACGGCGAUGUUCAUUUGCUCUUCAACUGCUUGGACACUGACGGGGUACGCAUGGGCGGACGACGGAACAUCUCCCUGCAGGAGCUCUUCUUCCUGGACUCCUGGGAGGUGAGCGAGGAUGACUUCAAGGCCCAUGAGGAGAACUUGUCCCGCUCGCCGGACA